CUUCCGGUUCACGUGCAGGCAGUAGUGAAGGAAAAAACAAAAUGGCGACCGGUUUAAACCGCGGUCACGGCAUGCUGCGCGUGUGUCGGAGACUCUGUUCUCCUCUCCAGCCUGCGGUCACAAAACAAACGCGAUGUGCAGUUCCUCACAUCACACGCUGUCAGAGGGAGAAGAGCACUGUUCCCAAGGGUUAUGUUCCGGAGACGUCGCUGUCCAGACCGCCGUGGCCUGAAUUACCACCAUAUGACAAAGAGACUGAAGAACAGAAGCAUCAAGCGGUCGUAGAGAAGGUGAACGGUCUGCUGGAGAGGCGAGAGCACGGACGUCUGUUCGCGGUCGUUCACUUUGCCAGCCGUCAGUGGAAAGUGACCAGUGAAGAUCUGAUCCAGAUCGAGAACCACAUCGAGGCCGAGUGUGGCGAUCGCAUACAGCUGGAGAAGGUGCUGCUGGUGGGAGGAGAAAACUUCACACUCAUCGGGAAGCCUCUUCUCAGGCAUGACCUGGUCCGAGUGGAGGCCACCGUCGUGGAGAAGACCGAGUCCUGGCCGAUGGCACACAUGGUGUUCUGGAAGAGACACAGGUUCCAGAAGAAGAGAACUAUCGUCCAGCCGCAGACGCUGCUGCGGAUCAACUCCAUCGAGGUGUCUCCCACACUGGUCUGACCCGACCCGGCCUGACCCGGUCCCUCGUUCUGAUCCAUCAGAGUUCAUCGUAUCUUUCAGUGCAGUGAAGCUCGAACUUGUUUAUUUCCAUGUUUGUAACAACUGUCUCAUUUAAUUUAAUAAAAAAAUCCCACUGUGGGGAAAAUGUA